AUGGUCAAGGUCAAGCCCGGAAAGCUCCUCCCUCCCGAUCCCAGACCAUGGACAGCGGACCCGGAAAGCCGAAAAGCGCGGAAAGAAAUGGAAAAAGAAGCCGGCGGCUUCGACUGGGGCCAGGCUAUCGCCCUCGGCAUGAUCGGCGCCACGGUCGUCUUCGGAAUCGACAAGUCGCUCAAGAAGUGCGAGGAAAGGCACGAAGAGGAGGACAGGCGCGAGGAGAGACGCCGGGAGCGGGAUUCGAGGUCGAGACCCCGGCGGAGCAGCCAGAGCGUCGCGGGCUCCGCCAGGACCUCGACGAGAGACCGGUAUGGCCGGACAGACCAGAGCGUGAUGGGUUCCACGGCGAGGGCGCCCUCGCGAUACAGCCGGGACGAGAGGGUUUAUUACGAGGACGACGACGAGGAGUAUUGGGAUCGGUAUUACGAGGAGAAAGAGGCUGCGCGGGCUGCGAGGGAUUACAGCCGCGAGCCUGCGCGCGCGCCGGAGUCGAUCAAGGGGUUGGGCAGCGUGAGGGAUCAGCGCGAGUACGAGCGCUCUGUUGAUCAGUUUGAUCGCGACUAUGGGUACGGGAGGACGUAUGAUGAUCGCAAGCGCAGUCGCAGCAACCCGGCUUCGCGAUCCAGGGGAUAUUCGAACUGGUAA